AUGUCUACAGCAGAUCAAGUAGUAGUUAGGGUUAAGAAGUUUUUAUCGAACCCAAUUUUGAGUAGAAAGCAGUUUUCAAUAGAGGUUUUGCAUCCCGGACGUAGUAACGUGUCGAAGACAGAGCUGAAGGAACGAUUGGCAAAACAGUUUAAAGUUAAGGACAGCAAGACUGUAGUGCUGUUUGGACUCAAGACUCUCUUUGGAGGUGGAAGAAGCACCGGCUUCGGCUUAAUUUACGACAAUUUGGCCUCACUUAAGCGUUACGAGAGGAGUUAUAGACUCGUGAGACUCGGAAUUGAGGAAGCAAAACCCAAACUAGGACGCCGUGCCAAGAAAGAACUUAAGAAUAGGAGGAAAAAGGUUAGAGGAAAGGAAAAAGCAAAGUGUACAGCUGGUAAAAAGAAGUAA